AUGUAAGAGAAUGGAAAAGAAUAAGACAAGUCAUUAAGGAUUACACUAUGUAAGAAAAAGUAAUAAGAUUAUCAUAGAGAUUAUCGAAGUGAUGGAAAUCUCCCAAUAUUUGCAAAGUUUGUAGGUGUAUUAAUGGGUUUUAGCAUCUUAAUAAUAGCAAGCAUAGUUUCUAUAAUUAUGUGGGACAUGAGUUUCGGAUUUAUGGAAAUUUCCAAUAUAUUUGUAUGGACUUUAUGUGCAUUCCUAUUUUACAUCGAUUAUCGUUCUAUUUUCAAAUUUUCUAAACAAUUGCGUCUGGCUUUAGCCAUUAUAUUGAUUAUUUAGUUGUCUUCAGGCAUAGUAUUUGGAAUAGAGAGGAACUUAGAAAAGGAAAAUAGGGGAUUUGAUGAAUUAACCGUUGAAGCAUCAGUUUAUUUAUGCAAUUUCGUAAUCAUGCUUGUUAUUAAUGUAAUAAGCCUAUUCUUUCCAAAGUUUGAUUAUUAAAAGGUUAGCAAGAAUAGCGAUGACAAUAUAUUUAUCAGAGUCAAUAGUUUACAACAACAUUUGGUGAAUGAUGAUUCACUAUCUUCAUCAAGUUCUAGAAAUAAUUCAAUUGUCACUCCAAAUCAAAGACAAUCAAUAUCUAAGACCCCAAAGAGAAGCUAAUCAUUUUUAGAUUAGUUAGAGGAAUUAACCAAAGAGGAGGGAUCUUAAAGUUCCAUAGGAUCAGGCAUACAAAAAUAAAAAUAGGAAUAAUCAGGAAUAAUAGAUACAACUUAUGGGUUAAAGAAGGAAGAUGAGGCUAUUUAAAAGGAGAAAGAACAAAAAGAAUUGAUGAGUUAAAUUAUGGAUAUGCACAAAUAGUUAGAUGAAAAGUUAAACAAAUUAAAAUAGGAUAAUGAAGUCAAUUAAUAGUAAUAAAAAUUACCUCAACAAUAAGAAAAUGAGCAAAUAAAUUAGGAGUAAAAUGUCAAUUAAGAACAAUUAUCUCAAUAGAAAUAAUAGGAAGUAAUUUUAAAAUCUAAAUAUGAAAUUCAAACCAUAAAAAUUGAAGGAUUUGAAGAAAUUAAAAAAUAAGGGAAAAGAUUCAUAUAUUUCAAGAUAUUCUAUUUUUCUAAUUCUAAAUAAAGGCAGGUAAGAACUGAACAUAAUUUGAAAGAAUUUUAAUAAUUAAGAUUAGCCUUAUAAUAAAUAUAUGUGGAUCAUUCAUUUCCAGAAAUACCAGAGAGAAAGCCCAAUGAAAGAUUGAGUGGUAAAGAAGUCGCAAGUAGAAGUGAAGCCCUCGAAAAAUUUUUAUAGUUUAUAGUUAAACAUCAGAUGCAAUGUCCAACAUUAGAUAAAUUCUUAGAGGAAACCUCAGGUCCUAUUCAUGUGGAGGAUGACAAGGAAGCUAAUAUAGAUCAAGUAUUAAAAGAUAAAUCAUUUGACGACUUUUUGGAAGUAAGAAAGGCGAGCGUAGCAUCAAAACAAAGUUAUCUAGAGAAAGAUUACAACGACGAUAGUUUUGAUCCAAAAAGUAGCAUGGCCGCUUCCUCUUAUGAUUAGUCAUAGUUUUUUUAACGCAAUAAUGAUCGAUUUUCAACUACUAUAACAUAAGGAGGGGGAAAUGGGCACAAAUUCAUAAUUAAGGAGGUUAAAACGCUAUAAUAAACUACUUAUUAUAAAAUUGAGGCAUUAAUAAAUGGACAGACAGUGGCAACAGCUUAAAAGAGGUAUAAUGAAUUUAAGGAGUUGUACAAAAAAUUGCUGGACAGGUAAUACUAAAUUCCUUCUUUGCCUAAUGAGCCACCUUCAAAAUAAUAAGAUGUUGUUUCCUAUAGAUAAGAGGCUUUAGCUUAAUUUUUAAAUACAUUGUAUUAAAAUAAAUCAGUAAAAACAAAUAUGGUUUUUAAAGACUUUGUAGGUAUUUGA